CGUGGCGCUCCUGUUGCAUCUUUUAUCGCCAUAGACGCCGUGUUCCGGCUAGAGCUUCCAAGUAUGGGUCCACGCGAGCCUGGAGCUUCCCCUCCCCCGCUAUCGGCAUUGAGCUUCAGUCGGCACUCGGAGCUCGAUUAUGGACGUGGGGUGUUAUAUAACGCGCCUUUGGGCAAUUCAAUGUAGCUGCCUAGCUCAUUGACAACCUCCGUUCCGUACAAUCAAGAUGUGGCUUCCACCAGCUGUCGCUGCUUUGUUCUAUGCUAUUGCGCUUGGUCACUCCACGCACCACGUAGAGCAAGACUUCUCGCCAGAGCGUUUGAGCAAACUGCAGGAGAAAUGGGGUACUGAUUGGGGAUUCUCUGGAGUCUCAACCUACGCACACCUCCCACACACACGUUGCUUGACACACCCCGAAACUGCAUUCGACAUCGGAAUCAUAGGAGCUCCCUUUGACACGGCAGUAUCCUACAGACCAGGCGCCAGAUUCGGUCCUCGAGCAAUCCGCGCAGGCUCUGCCCGCCAAACAUCUUUCCGUGGAUUCAAUCCGCGCGCCAACCUCAAUCCGUACACAUCGUGGGCCAAAAUCGUGGAUUGUGGGGACAUCCCAGUCACCCCUUUCGACAAUGCCUUGGCCUUGAAGCAGAUGAGCGAGGCUUUCGUUGAGUUGGGCACCAGGCCAUCAUCCGAAAAGUCGCAAGCUAGCGAGUCGACAUACCUACAUAAACCGAAGCUUCUCACGCUGGGAGGAGAUCACAGCAUUGCUCUUCCAGCUUUGAGGGCCUUGAAGCAGGCAUAUGGACAACCCGUUGCGGUGGUCCAUUUCGACGCCCAUUUGGAUACAUGGCAUCCGGCGAAAUAUCCGUCAGCAUGGAUAGAUCCCGAUGAUGAAGCUCCCCAAUCUUUCUUCAACCAUGGUAGCAUGUUCUGGCUCGCAGCCACGGAGGGUCUGAUUGCCAAUGGCUCGUCUGUUCACGCUGGACUACGAACACGUCUCUCCGGUGAUGACACUACAGACUACGACGAUGACUCCCAGCAGGGCUGGAUCCGCAUCGCCACGGACGACAUUGACGAAAUAGGUGUCAAGGGCAUCAUCAAAUCCAUCUUGGACCGCGUAGGGACAGAGACACCGGUAUAUCUCAGUAUCGAUAUCGAUGUGAUUGACCCGGGUAUGGCUCCGGCCACGGGCACUCCGGAGCCAGGAGGCUGGACUACUAGGGAACUCAUUCGGAUACUCAGAGGUAUUGAGACCAUGAAUGUCAUCGGAGCCGACAUCGUUGAGGUCUCUCCAGCAUAUGACAGUGCAGCCGAGACGACUGGUCUGGCUGCCGCUCAAGUCGCGUACGAGAUCAUUACCAGCAUUGUUAGGAAGGGCUUGAUUGAACAGGAGAAGGCUGGAGAGAAGACUGCCAACACCCGAGAUGAGUUGUAAGUCUUGUCUCGGUAAUAUUUGAGAAGCAGUGACACAAUUUCGAUUUGAACACGGUGAGGACUAGCAUGGAAAAUGUCACUGGUACGCCAAAUAAUGGCGGGGCCACAUCCAAGAAGUAGAAGAGAGAGUAAAUAUGUCUCGCGAUGGAUUAUCUUCAUUGUGCCAAGACACUUUGCACCUACGUCAUGACUGCACUACGUCUUUGAGUGAGCAAUCUGCUGGCAGCUACCGCGAUAGAACAUACCAUGGAUUAUCUCAAGCAUUUUUCAUAGAGUUUU